GUUUAAAUUCGUUGAUGUGUAGAACAAAUCUAGAAUAAAUAAUUUGCCUAUACAAAAUUCCCUCUGAAAUGACAUUCAGAGCGCACCACACUCGCUACCAUUGAAACACCCCUCACGCUAGUCCGACAAACGAUAAAUCCGACAACAGCUAUGCGAGAAACGCUGUCACAAACACCACCACAGCGCAAGUGUCUGACGACUGGAAGAAAGAACGACGACCGUUUUCACUGACCAGCCCAUCAAUCAUUCGUUUCCAGCCGCCAUCGCGAAAGGUGAGCAAAAGAUCGCGAGUGAAAUCUUGCUCCUGGUUCGUAGUGCUAAGUGCGAAAACCGAGGGAAAAACCCCUGCAGUGAGAAAAACGUUGUUUCCUCAGCACAGAACGCUGUAGGGUCGGAAGAUUUCUCCGCUUCAGGGCACGAAAGCCGCCCAUCAAUCCCGGACGUCACACCACGAGGGAAAUACGACCGAGAAAGAUCCGGGUGAAACCGCAUGGUGAGCCAACACGGCGCGGGAGGCCAACGACUGUGCCCGGUGAGUAGUAAGCAGACUCGAAACACACACAUCCCAGUGCUAAUUUUAGUGAUUCGUGAUAGGCAAAUCAAAAUCAGUUUCGGACGUUCUACGACGUUCCGGACGUCGUACGACAGUUCCGGUGAGGUGCACAAGCUUCCGCCUGGUCCAGGGACGAAGAACACGCUUCCGGGUGAGUUUCACAUUCUGCGGAGUGAAAGAGCGGCAGAGAACUAACCUCAAUCUCUUGCAAGUAGGCGAUUUUCCCCUGAGUCCACGACGUGCACGCAAACAGCGCGAUUGGCAUCGGCGAUUAGUAUCCGUGAAGAACACAAGCAGAAUCCAUUGGUGAGUAACCAUUUUCGGACGAUCUCCAGCGCAAGCUAAUGUUUUGCUGCAAAUCAGGUGGCGCAAAAAACCGGAUCGACAGCACGUGCAUCGAACGCAUCGUGGCCGACGGACCCGAGCACAACGGGGACGCAAGCGAGGGAGGCCUCACCCACGAUUCAGCAACCAAAGAUCGAUUGAAAAACCCCUGUAUAGGUUUUCAUUCCCAAGACGUGCUGGACGAGCGGAGCGCGGUCGCCAGAGGUGCUCAACCGCGACGGAACACGAACGGCGAAUCGUAAACGAACAUCUGAAGCAAAUUCCGAUUCAUGGGUCAGUUACCGUGGAACGGUGGCUCGGAUAAUUCCACGAUGAAGGGGGCUCGGUCGGAGCCAAUAGCGCGGCUCAAGAUAGCGUUGUCGACGGGUUUCGCAGCGAUGUUGUGGUAGCUUCGGUACCGUGAGUACCCCUAAGUUAAGAUCAAAAUUGUAUGGGUAGAUAACAAAGCUAGCUAGUUAGGGAGAAUAGGGGAGAAGGGGACAAAAUGAGCCUCAAAUAUAUGUAAUUAAAACGUAACGCAUGAUUUGUGAUUUUCUUGUUGCGCUUUAGCCCUACAGUGUUUGUGACUCCAGACUCUCGAUAUGGUAGUUUGGCUCUACCGCUACCGGGAACCUUGCAACACUGGCGCCCAACUGAAAAUCCACAAUUAAACUACCGUUUAGCGAUUUUUUUUGGUUUGUGAUCUUAAGAUUUGGUUUUGUGCCUUUUUGGUUAUCCGGCCUACGAUAACCAAUAUAUUUUAGCCCUUUACGCAUAAAAUUCGAUACACAACAUGGACUACACACACUUAACAGACGAAGAGGUGACGUAUGAGCUGGCUCUGCGUCACGUAGUAAAUUUAGGACCCACUACCCACAGAGGGAAAGUCCUCCGUCUGAAGGCACUCGUCCAGGAGGAAGCCUUAAGAGAUAACCAGCCCACUAGCUCAGCCCAUGUAAUGAGUCCACAGUCAAACAUUGAAUACUGUGAAACUCAAAUACAGCAGCUGCACAUAAGCACUGAAGCGGCCAUUCGAACAGCCGAUAGGGCUGCGAUCAGUCAAUGUCGAACGCGGCUGACCCACUAUCGCGACAGAUUACGUUUGAUCAAUCCUCCGAUCGAAUUGAGAGAGUUGCAUGGAAUGUUAACCAUGCACGUGACUGUUUUACUCAACAAAGUGAAUGGUACUAGUGUAGUGAGUAGUGUGCAACGCGGUGAGAUCGAGGUGAAUCAUACUAGUUCAACGGGUGCCAUAAGAAGAACCAACAACGAAGAGGAAGGAGCAGUCGGUGGAAUGGCGGAUGCCACAAUUCCAGUGGGAAACAAUUCAAAUCAAGAAUCCACACCACCGCCAGCAUCACAGCCGCCUCUGAUGACGUCAUUCUCUGGUGGACAGGGACGAGGAUUGGUGUUUUCGAGUUCGUUUCGAGCGCGAGACAACGAAGAUGGAGGUGAAACACAGCCUAGACAACGGAACACCUCACCACCGCCUCCCUACCUUCCACGGGAGCGAGAAACACAAUCACGAGAAGUUCACGAGCUGCAAUCGAGAAUAGUGGAGAUGCAGGAAAGAGAGCAGCGGAUGCACGAAGAAUACUGUCGAAUGCGGGACGAUCUGGAGCUGCUAGUGCGUCGAGAACGACCAGCGCCGGAACGCGUGGAUGAUCGACGGAUUCAGAAGGCCGUGCACAACUGGCCUUUCAAGUUUCGCGGCGAAAAGGACACGACGUCACUCAACGUGUUCCUAGAUCGCGUGGAGACGUUCGCGAGAUCGGAAGGCAUGAGUGAUGCCACACUUCUGAGUUCCAUCAAGCAUCUACUGCAGGAGGACGCCAUCGACUGGUACUCACGAGCAACGUCGCAAAACCAGUUGCGGACCUGGGACCAGUUCAAGCGGGAGAUCAGAAGGGAAUUCCUGCCCAGCGGAUACUCCCAAAUUCUGCGUCUGGAAGCCAGCUUUCGAUUUCAAGGAAGGGAGGAAUCCUUUGCGAAGUUCUACCGAGACAUCUCAGCGCUCUUCCGCUUCGUCGAUCCACCCAUUCCAGACGAUGAAAAGUUCUUCCUGGUGAAGAAAAACAUGAACGAGAACUACGCAGCCAUCGUAACAGCAGCGAGGCCUCGUUCACUGGAAGAAAUGGUGGAAGUCUGCACCGGAUACGACGAGACGAGGAUGCUUCUGAACAGACAGCGCAGGAUUCCCAUUCCGCACAGCGCGCUUCUGGAACCGAACUUCGCUACACCAGUAGUUCCUAGCAGACCACCACCGGUUCAGCAUCACCAACAGCCACAGCGGUUCAACAGAGUUCACGCCGUGGAGGUAGAAGAAGGCGCAUUCGAGCAUGAAGCAGCGGAGGAAGGACCAGAAGACAAUUGGCAGCACAACAUCGACGAGCUGGUGGAGCAAGUCAACGCGUUGAAGUUGAACAUUGAGCGGAGAUCUGCGAGACCAAGCUUUGCCGCACGCGACGAAAGGCAGACAAGGCCAACGGAUAGGUACAACCGGACAGAGGCUGACGUCCUGCGAGCAGCGCGGCAGUACACAAGAGAGGCGCAAACGCCGGCACAGCAGCAGCGGCCGCAAACCGCAUCGUACCAGACUCGGCUACCACAACAACAGCAAGAACAGCCGCAAAGAGCACAGGGCUGGCAUGCACGACAGUGGAUGCCAAGCUCGGAUCAGAGCGACAAUAACCGAAGAAGCCAACGUAUGCUGCCAGAACCAGCCAGGCAACGGGAAGAUCGCCAAAUACAACAGGAAGAAGCUCCGAACGGCCAACGAAUAGCAAUGCUUUGCUGGAACUGCGACGAGGAGGGUCACAGGUUCAUGGACUGUCCGAAGCCGCAAGCCAUCCUAUUCUGCUACCGUUGUGGAAGGAAGGGCUACUCGUUGCGCAGUUGCUUCACGUGCCGCAUGGACGCGGUAAACUACCAAGCGGAGAACCAGCAGUAGAGGG